AUGGAGGGCACGGACAUGGACGUGGACGCGGAGCUCAUGCAGAAGUUCAGCUGCAUGGGCACCACGGACAAGGACGUCCUUAUUUCGGAGUUUCAGAGGCUGCUGGGCUUUCAGCUCAACCCAGCCGGCUGCGCCUUCUUCCUGGACAUGACCAACUGGAACCUGCAGGCUGCUAUUGGUGCAUAUUAUGACUUUGAAAGUCCCAGUGUCAACACGCCAUCCAUGUCCUUUGUUGAAGAUGUGACAAUUGGGGAAGGAGAGUCUGUCCCUCCAGAUACACUGUUCACUAAGACCUGGCGGAUACAAAACACAGGUGCAGAGUCGUGGCCACCGGGGGUUUGUCUGAAGUACAUUGGAGGGGAUCAGUUUGGGCAUGUAAACACAGUUAUGGUGAAAUCUCUAGAUCCCCAGGAAAUAUCAGAUGUGAGUGUGCAAAUGCGAAGUCCCACAACUCCUGGCAUGUACCAGGGCCAGUGGAGGAUGUGUACUGCCACUGGAUUAUUCUAUGGAGAUGUAAUCUGGGUGAUUCUCAGUGUAGAAGUUGGAGGUCUUCUUGGAGUGACCCAGCAGCUAUCUUCCUUCGAGACAGAAUUCAACACUCAGCCCCAGCGCAAUGUGCAGGGAGACUUCAACCCGUUUGCCUCGCCACAGAAGAACAAGCAUGAUGCCACUGACAACAGCUUCAGAGACCCAGGUGGAGCCUGGGAACGCACGCAAGAGCCAAUCCAGCAAGAUCAGAAUGGACUGUCUCAUAAUGCUGUAAAUAGGGCGUCAAAUGGUCUCCAAACCAAUCUUUCUGUGGUGACUUAUGGCCAGGGACCCUACCCAUUUGGACAGAGCUAGAAUGACAAAGACCCCUCUCCCCCAUGGUGGAUGAAGAGCUUAACACCCUGGGAGUCCUUAAAUGCAGAGGAGUUGGAGGGGGGGAGGAACAGUUGUUUUAUAUUGACUCAUGACAACCCUCUUCCAAAAACAACCCAUGGCCCUUUCCACAGAAACACAAAGGACAGUGAGGUGAUGGAUUACAUCAACUGCAGAGAAACAUCCCACCUGACAUCAACACCCGGAUUCGCAUGUGUGAAUGCUUCAUUUAAGAGUGCUAUAAACCUUUACGGAUAGAUACACGUGACUAUUUUUAUUUACAUGGUAAAAUGUGCCUAGUUAAAGUGAAAGUCACCCUAAACAAUUUGGUAUUCCCAUGGGCAGCUGAAUGCUUUCUCUCUUUGGGGUUCCUACCCAGGUCUAGAAAUAUAUAUAUUUUUUUAAAUCUGUGAGUAGUACAGAAAAUUGUAGUGGUCAUACAUCAUGUUGAGGCAUUGAACAGCCUCAAAAUUGAGCAAAAAAAGGUUUUGCCUUUUAUUAACCCCCCCCUUAAAAAAAAAAAAGAACAAUCAAUCCUAAUCAAACCUUUAGGUAGAACAAAUACCCAGUGAAUAAUGUUAAAGACAGAAAACUACUAUAAAAGUAUUGAUAAAUUACAGGGCUGCGCUGGUCCUGAAAGGUCAUUAUUAACUACACAGCUAGUAAUGGAUGACGUAGCCAUACCAAGUAUAAAAUGUAACACUAUAUCUGUUAAAAUGCCCCUGUUGUGCUUGUUUACAGGCUUAUCAUUUUAUUAUGGGGAUGUACUGGAAUUGUUUUACAAUUCUACAUUUUUGACUGGCUCUCGUCUCUUUAAGGCUUUACCUGAAAAUGUGUUCUUCUGCCUUUACCUUGUCAUCAUCCUACAUGUACAAUCACAGCACAGCUGCUGUCUUUCAGUUGUGAGACGCUGUUAAAGCAGGAGAAUUUUGGGAGUGUGGAAAAAUUGCUUCAACGUAAUGGCUGAUUUACAUUAGUCUUACUGUGUUGUGUUUGUGUCACUAUUUCAUGCAUGAAAUAUGUAAAUGAGGACAGCUUUUAGGAAUGAAGUUAAAUUCUGUUUGGCCUUUGUAACUUUGCAGGUCAUUUACAUGUUCAAAAAGCUAAGUAACACACUGCAGGGUAGGGGAAGCACAAUAGGGGCACUUUAAAUUUGGCUUCAGCAAAAAUGAAUACCUGACUUUGGCUAAAGUGAGUUGUCUAUAUUCGCUUGAUUAUGCAACUGAGCUUCAGAAAUAAGAAGCUUUU